AGCAGCCGGUUCGUGCCACUGCUCGAGGCCGUACCACUCACACCACGAACGUGAGCAUCGUGUCGGAGCGCCAGCGGGAUUUGAUUUGUAAAUUCAACCACCGGUCGUCGCAGUCUCCAUCCGAACGCGGUUGGCUCACGGUACGCUGUCCAGUUCAGUCCCGGACCUCGAAAACCUCGUCCGGAUUUGCGAAACCUUUCGCGUGACGGCAUUUUACCCACGGCACUGUGUGGUCGCUCGACUCGAACUAGCUCGAACUACGAAACGUGUUUUUUAUCGAUUUAUCGACUCGCUAAGAGAUAGAAAUAGCACUAGUGGCGGUGUUUGUGUGUAUUUGGGUGUGUUAUCGUGUGUAAUUCAAGUGUAAAAUGGUGAUUUAGAGACUAAAAAGCCGUAUUUAGUGCAAAAAAUCCCCAGUGCGAAAGAUUUCAACGUGUAACGAUAAGUGGCGAACCGGCGUAAAUCACUUCAAAGCGAGUUCCCGGUCAGUGUUUUUAAGUCCUUCAAGCACACGGGUCGCGGCUCGAGACAGGUGCUUACGAUUAAUCGAAUCCCGGAGAGCCACGGUGCCAUUCCCACAUUCCAAAGCGCGCGUGUGCCGGCGCGUGGCUGCAAGUGCAAGUUUCGAGUCCGCAUUUGGGUAUCGCAUUUCGGUCCGGCUCUCGCGGACCUCUUGUGCUGCGUGCUGAAGCGAGCCCUUGGCCCCUUAGAUUACAGUUACAGCGUGUAAGUGAACCCGGAGACGAAACCUAAUCGGCCAUAACGGUCCACCGAAACACCGUACGGUAAAAAGCGUGCGCAAAACCAACGUCCAACGUGCGAUCGUGAGGAGUGAGGGGUGGCAGCAGCUCCAGCUGGGGAUUUGGAUUGGGGAUUAACAUCUCUUGGUGCCCCGCUCGCGCCACUUUGUUCGCCGAUCAAUCAGCAUCGCAAACGAGUGCUACGGUUGACUGAUUGUCUUCUCGCUCUUCUGGCGGUCGGUGCCUUGUCUGUCUUGUGAAGAGGAAACACGGGAGGGAAGGGGCAUUACAACCGAAUCAGCUGUUCAGCGCGGGUCUCCUGCUGCGCCGCACGCCACACAGGUGGUAAGCAGCGAUCGUUCGGUUUUCGUCGAACGCGAACGUGAAAACGGUUUUCUUCGAAGCGCACAAGAAGAAGACGAACACAACUUCACAACGAGAAGAGGUUGUCCACAAUCGAAACAACGUACAGAGUGUCGACCUUGCCCGCUUUCAAGCAUCAGCACGAGAGAUUCAACCGGCAACCUUGAAGGUUCGGUUCGAACCGGUAGCCCCGGUCCAGGUCAAACGCCAAAGCCCUUCGCUCCGGAGGCCAAUUCACCGUUCGGCCAGCCGGACGACCAGCCGUCGACAGAGUUCAGUAGUACCUAGUGCUAGGCAUGCUAGCAAAUGUUUUUAUAACGUGUGAAAAGUGAAGCUGCUGCCGAUAGGUAUGAAGAAGCGGUAUGAGCGCAGCGUCUGCGUGUGAGUGGAGUGGAUGUGAGGAGUGAGUGUUUCGGGAAGAUGUCGACCGAGGUGGACCCAUUGGCGGUGACUACUGUAACGCCAGCCGGACCACGUGUCUCCUUCAAUCGGGAUGUCCAUGUGAAACGCAUCGGCUCACGGAGUGAUCCGUCCCGUUCCCAACCGGCGAACGGUGCCGUUCGGAAGGAACUGCCCGAGCACCUGUCUCAGGAGGCACUUCGGAAGGAGGCCGAGUUUGUGCUCGCCCAGGCCGACAAGAUCGAUCGUCGCACGCGCUCGAACAGUAUCGGCAGCGCAACGCCGAACGCACGCAACGGACCCGAGCUUACCGACAGUCGCUUCAACUCACUGCCAUCGCGUAAAUCGCGCACGAAACGUGCGAUCACGCGUUCCUCGAGUGACGCCGCGUCGAAAAAGCCCUCCAAAGGGUUGUUGAAUCUUUUUGGUCGUAAGCAACCGCAGGAAGCGGGAACUGGUGAGCAGCAGACGGGAACGAAGGGAGCGCAGCUCGGGCGCAGUAAGAGUGAUGUCGGAAGCCGUACCUCGGGUGUAAAUCAGCAGAACCGUCGACCCGGGACGUCCCAGCGUCACUCGAAAGUUACACCACGCCGUGCUACGCAGGAACUGGGCGAACUGCGAUCGACACUCCAGACCAGCAAGAAGCAUGAUCCACUGACACCGAUCAUCGAAGCAUCACCGCUCGAGUAUUCCGCCCAGGACGAUCCACUGACGGCGUUCGUGCGGCACCGGCGUGAGCGUGCCGUGUCGGAGGAACCACCGAGCUCCCAGCCCCUGUCCCAGCGCACCGUGGCCACCCGGUCGACGGCCUUCGUCCGGCCCGUUAUGGAAACGGUUGGCCACGAGCUGCGCUCUACCAGCAGCUCGCGGUCAGUCGCAGGCAAUCUGCACAGUUCGCAACUACCGCCGGAGAAACCGCACCUCACCAAGGGUGUCACGGUCGAGGGUAUCGUGAAGCGGUUGUCCACCGCCCGGCACACGUCCCCUCCACCGCCGCA